UUUCAAUAUGGCGUACAUCGGAAAACGUCAUUGAGAGAAGUGACACAUCACCCACCUUGAAAAAUUAUCAAAUUCCAUCAAUUACUUAAAAAAACACAGAGCGAGACACAUAUAUCAGUCACAUCAGUUGAUUUAUUGCACUGAUUCCCUCCAUUUUUUUUGGCUUUAUAUUUAUUGUCGAGUCAAAAUCAUCGAAGAUGUCAAGCCCGAGAACCCGACGAGCUCUGAAAGAUCUCAAUGUAAAAGACGGCAAUAAAUUAUGUUUUGAAUGUGGAGGUCAUAAUCCACAGUGGGUUAGUGUCACUUAUGGAAUAUGGAUAUGUUUAGAAUGCUCAGGAAAGCAUCGGUCACUUGGAGUACAUUUAAGUUUUGUUAGGUCAACUACAAUGGAUAAAUGGAAAGACUUAGAAUUAGAAAAGAUGAAAUGCGGUGGAAAUAAUAAAUUUAAAUCUUUCUUACAAUCACAGCCAGAUUAUAAUUCCAAUUGGUCAUUCCAUGAAAAAUAUAACAGUAAAGCUGCUGCUUUAUUUAGAGAUAAGGUAUUGACAGAAGCACAAGGCAAGACAUGGUCUGAAGCCACAUCACCAGCCAGAAAUCAUAUACCACAUUGUGCAUCAAGUUCCAAUUCUAGUUUGAAAUUAAAUCACUCUGCGUCUUCGCCAGCCUUCGGUACCGGUAAUUCAUCCCGAGGUUCUUACAGUUCUGGAGGCGUGUAUCGAGACUUUGAUGCUGGACAAGGAAUGGGUUAUCAGAGUGGAACACAGGAUGACUGGGAUGCAAUGUUUUCACUAAAAAAGGAAGAAAUAAAUGCUCAAAAAGAAGAUUUUUUCGAACGACGACAGAGAGAAAAUGCAGUUAAGCCAGCUGAUCUGCCACCAAGUCAAGGAGGGCGCUAUACAGGUUUUGGAAAUACACCAAAUCCUCCACCAGACAGCGGCAAUAAUGAAUUCUUAGAUGGAGCAUUAUCUUCUUUGUCUUCAGGGUGGAGUACAUUUGCCUUAGGAGCAACCAAAUUUGCAUCAGCUACAAAAGAUGGGGCAAUUAAAUUUGGAUCAGUGGCAACACAAAAGACACAAGAAUAUGCAUAUAAAAUGAACGAGAGUGUUAUUAAACCAACCAAAGAUAAAGUGAAAGAAGGCACUUUACUGGAUGAUCUUUCAAAAGGAACCAAAUCACUCGCUAGUAAGGUAGCUGAAGGCACCACUAAAGGCUGGUCUAGUUUCCAGACAAUAUUUACAGACAAAGACUCAUCACUAGACCAUGUGAAUAAUGUACCACAUCAAGACUCUCCAUUAUUAGCCAGUCAAAGAAAUGAAGAAAGGAUACGAAAUAUGGAUCCUGAUGAUAGCAAUACACCUUUAUUGUACGACAGACCCCCCUCUCCGGCACAGGAAGUUGACGAAGAUAACUGGAACUGGGAUGCGACUGAUUGGAAUAAACCUGUGACUAAUAAUGUUGGUCAUAGCAACACGAAUGAUAGCUGGAAUAACCAGUGGGAUGACGGCACUGCUGGUACUGCUGAUUUAUUAGGGCUAGAUGAUGACGAUGAACAGGACAAAGUAAGUGCCAAAAUGAAUCAUUCAGCACCUAAAGGUAAACUAACUCUUGAAGACACCUGGGAUGAUGCUGGUGGGUGGGACGAGGCUGCCUGGGAAGCUGUGGAAACAGAAAUCAGUACAAAGAAAAACUCCAAGCGAGAUUAAGUCAUUAACAACCUAGCAAAGAGAUAUGUCAUUUGGGAAAAACAGGAAUUGUCACCUGGAAAGAGGCGAUAUACCAUUUAAUGAACCUAUGAACCUGGGAAGAGGAUGUAUUAUUUCAUGAACUAGAAAAUAUGAACCGGGGAAGAAGAC